ACCCGAACUGGUCUGUGUAAGGAGGACAUGAUUUUAUACUAUCUUACGUUGAAGAUGAUGAUGAGUACUGUCCAACUAUGGUGGAACCAAGGACCAAAGCUUGGAGUUAUGGUGGAAUGUGCGCUAACAAAACUAGGUCAGCAUUUUCUAAAGAAGGUGGUGACAUCUGGAGACCCCUCGACCACAAAAAACUUGAUCUGGAGAUUCGUGCAAAGUUCAGCUAAAUCAGUGUCUCUCAGCACUCUUUGCCAUCUCCUCUCUCCUUCUACAGUUCAACCCCAUCUCUCCUCAGUUGCCUUCCCGCUUUAUGCAAGAAUUGCGGAAGCACCUUGGUACAGUUGGAACCCUAAGAUUGUAGAUGAGCUUGCUACUUUGCUGGAUAAACAGGAACAAUAUUCAGCCUGGGAAACUCUAAUUUCGGGAGCCACUUCCAAAUUAGAGUCUGGCUCUCGAAAUCUGGCUCUUUUCUAUUGUAAAUUGUUGGAGUGUAACUCCAAGCAAAAUUCAGAAAGAGGGUUUGAGAUUGCUUACUCGUACCUAAGCCAGCUUCUUCAUAGUUCAUCAUCCUUUACUUACAUAAAACGUCGUGUUUAUGAGUAUAUGGUCAGUGGUUUAUGUUCAAUGGAUAGGCCUUGUGAGGCAGAGAAUUUGGUUGGGAAUAUGAGAAUCAAAGCACUUGAACCUUCAGCGUUUGAAUUCGAGUCUAUCAUGUGUGGUUAUGGGAGAUUGGGAUUAUUCCAAGACUUGGAGAGACUUUUGGUUCAAAUGAAAAAAGAAGGGUUUGUUAUUGAUACAGUUUGUUCAAAUAUGGUUCUUUCAGCGUACGGAAUGCACGGUGAGCUAACAAAGAUGGUUUCAUGGCUUCAAAGGAUGAGGAAUACAUCGAUUCCGUUCUCGAAAAGGACAUAUAAUUCUGUUUUGAAUUCAUGUCCUGUUCUCAUGAGAAAACUGGUAGACUUAUAUGGCUUCCCAUUGUCAAUUGAAGAGUUGAAUGCUAGUUUGGAAGGAGCUGAAGCUAUAGUGAUUCAACAGCUAAUGCGAGUUAACCAUGCUCGCUCCUGCAUGCCAUACUCUCAAAUUUGA